UCGUUACUGGUCAGUGGUCACUGUCAGCCCGCUGUUACAGCGGUGUGUUGCUGCUGCUGCGGGCACGGCUGUGUUAGGGCUGGAGCUGAGCUGAAACGGGACAUCACAAUGUAUUAAGAAGGAGUUCCCAACAACGGAAAUCAGGAAUAGUAAGGUGUCAGUCUACUUGCCACUCUUUCUAUGUACUUCAUCCUGAAUGCUGGUCCAGGAGGUACACACCACAGCAUGUUAUUGUGAAGAGAGAACAUAUUAGGUCAGGAUGCAGUCUUCCAACCACCGACUGCGAGAUAUGGAGCAGCACCACCCACUGCUGUCGGCAGGGGCAGAUGUCGAGACAGGGAGUCUGGCAGCCGGAGUGAUGGUCGGGGGUCCCCACGCAAGCCACACAGCUGGAAACCGCACACUGUGGUUCAUUCAGGACAGCUGUGGGAUGGUGUGUGCGAGCAUGACCUGGUUCCUGGUGCUCUACGCUGAAUUCGUGGUGAACUUUGUCAUGCUGCUGCCCAGCAAGAGCUUCUGGUACUCUCUGCUGAACGGGGCCACCUUCAACUCCUUGGCUGUGCUUGCAUUGGCCUCGCAUCUGCGCACCAUGUUGACUGACCCGGGUGCAGUUCCUAAGGGCAAUGCAACCAAGGAGUACAUGGAGAGCUUACAGCUGAAGCCUGGUGAGGUCAUCUACAAGUGCCCAAAGUGCUGCAGCAUCAAGCCGGAGAGGGCACACCACUGCAGUAUUUGUAAAAGAUGCAUCCGGAAGAUGGAUCACCAUUGUCCCUGGGUCAAUAACUGCGUGGGAGAAAAGAAUCAGAGAUUCUUUGUACUUUUCACUAUGUACAUAGCAUUGAUUUCUGCCCAUGCCCUGGGCCUCAGUGGUAUGCACUUCUUCACCUGUAUUAAAGUCCAGUGGAACGAGUGCAGCGACUUCUCUCCAGGGGUAUCUGUGCUUCUGCUGAUCUUCCUCUGUCUCGAAGCCAUCCUCUUCCUCACUUUCACAGCUGUAAUGUUUGGUACGCAGAUCCACUCCAUCUGCAAUGAUGAGACGGAGAUUGAACGUCUUAAGAACGAGAAGCCGACAUGGGAGCGUCGCAUGAGAUGGGAUGGAAUGAAAACGGUGUUCGGGGGUCCGCCCUCCCUGCUGUGGUGCAAUCCAUUCACAGGCCUGCGUCUGCGGCGCUUACUGCUGUUGACCCACGGUCGGCGUGGCGGGCCUGAGUUUUCUGUCUGAGAGAAGGGCAGGCCGAUGCAGUUCACCAACACUUGACUGUCUCUAAAGCAAGAUUUCUUAUAUGCCCACUGGCCGGGGCUUAGAUAGACCUCUGCUCCUCGAGGCUGUCCUUCAUUUGUGGGUGACAGGGGGAGACGAGCUGCUCCAGUGGGACCCCAGUGCAUCACAACCCCCACUGAACGUUUGUAUUCUCACAUGCUGAUGUAGACCCAACACCUUUGGUCAGCACAAGUAUGCUGAACAACUGGAAUAUUGUUUUUUAACAUGAGCAGCUUUUUGGUUUGUUUGUGUGUUUUUAGGUAAAGCAUGCAGUAUGUAACUCAAGUGAGUCUUUUAUUCCUUGUGAGACUGUCCAAGGUGCCGUUUGACCUCAACUCAUGCACCAGUACACAACUUCAACAGUUUGUUCUCUUUGCUGCACACAUGAGAUUCAAGAUUAGUGUUUGAAUUUUUGGAGGGGUGGAUCAGCAACAUAUCUCUCAUAAUCACUGGACCCAGACAACUGGAUCUCAAUGGGGAAAUGCUUGAAACUGCUCUGUUGGACCCAGACAGGGGAAUCACAGUCAAGGACAUGCACUACUUACAUGGCCCUUGAGUAAAGGUCUGGGUAUUGAGCACAGUGGACAUCAGACAUGGAACUGUGCUGCCUUGAUUUGCAUGUAUAACAGCUCAAUCAGUCCACAUCUCAGCCAGAAAAUCAGGCUUUCACUAUCCUCAAAUGAAUGGACAGGCUACAGUGAACACAAGCCUCAUUCUUAUUCAAGAGGACUGAGUGGCUUUUCCCGUUCAUCUGUUCCUCUCAUUUGUCAUGUUUGGUCCCUCCUUUGGCUGAAAUUGUUGAUUGUUUAGGUUACUUGGGCCAGUAGAAAUUCAUUUUCUUUUCUUUUCUUUUUUCAUAACUGCUGAAGCUUCUCUACCUUUCAUCAGAGUGACUGCUUCUCAACAGCUGGCCGUUAUCAUUCACUGGAGAUGACUGCUGUAAAUCCGACUCUUCAUUGGAUAAUUACAAAUCACUGUUUUGAAUUAGUUUUAUGUAUGUGUACAUAAAUUUGCCAUUCCGCCACUCCUACAUGCUGCUCCACAUAUCAUUCUCGACAAACAAUCAGUGACCCCACAGACCACGGAUAUGCCUCCCAGUGUUCUCAUAACAAAGUGAUUCAGGUGGAACAACUUUGGCUGCUGAAAAGGCAGAAUGUUAUUAAGUUUGAAUUGUUUUACUCAUACAUAUCGGAGGCUACUUCUGUGUAUAGUAGGAAUCCAUAUGCAACAACAGCUGGAUAAGACUUCAUAGCAUUUACACUCUGAAAAACAAGCUUACAACCCCUCCCCGAGACGGAGCCAAGUCUCAGACAUGGUGGCUUUGUAUUCUCCUUGGCCACCGUGUGGUGCCACAUUUUGAAAAGGAGAACUUAAAACACUAGCACAACCUCCUUUGGCUCAUUGUGAGCUCAUUCUGAUCCACAGAGCCAAGCUCCAUUGUGCAGUCAGCCUGUAGAAUUGAAAAGGAACUGCUUAGCCGAGGUACCAGGCUCAUUAUACAAGCUUUAAUACUGAACAAAGUCUCGGGGAGCUCGGCAGAUGCUUGCGAGGCCUUUCCUACUUCACUCCAGAAAUGUCAGGCCUGUAACAUCUUGUGGCAGGGCAGUAGCAAAUACUAUCUCAGUGUUAUUAGAACACGUAUCCACGCCUUUUAAAAUCAUUGAGUCAAGUACAUUUAUCAGUUUCAAAGGUUUGUGUCAUCAUUGCCAUAUUAAUGUGUUUUCUCAUUUUGUGACAACUCGUCUCCUAUUUUUACAUAAUCAGUGGGCCUGUUUGCACUGGAUGAAUGUGGCUUUUUGAAUCUAGAGUUCAGUUUGACUGGCGGGCUGGUAUUAUCAAAGUAUUUUCAAAUCUAGAUUCUCUAAGUCUCAUUUUAUUGCUUGUUGGACAAUAUACUACUGUUUGUUCUCAUCUGUGGUUGUCAGGAGAAUCUCCACUGUUUACACUAAAUGAUGAUACCUGAUGCUCUAUGGCUAUAAAGUUUAAGGAACAUGCUAUCAUUAGAAUGUAAAAUAUAUCUAUUUUGGGACUAAGGGACACAGCACUAAAAGCUAACUGAUAUCAGGGGAUUUUAUUAAUGCUGGCCUCUCAUUUCUCAUUUUAUUCUGCUGGACUGCAUCACCUCAGCAACAGUUUUCUGAAUAAAUGUAGGGGGACUGUGAUUUUCCCUUGAAUUCCAUAAUUCUAACAUGCUCAGUGUACUUUUUAAUUUAUGGAGAUGCAAAAUGUCAAAGUCAAGUUUAGCCAAACACACAGCGUGUUCAUAAAGAUUAUAUACAAGCUGUCUUUCAUUUAUACAUGUGCAUAAGACUAAUCAGAAAACAGGAACACCCAUGCUGUGUAGUUUGGCAGAUGCAUAAAAUAUGUUGCUAUUUAAGCAACAAUUACUAAAAAUAAUUGCAGGUAUUGGUGGCAAAAUUACACCCAGAGCCAAUAAGAGGCCUAGAGUCUAAUAAACAAAAAAUGCCAUUAGAGUAGAAGCAAAUAUCUGAAGCAAGACUUGAGGUAAGAGUGCCAGGACUACAGUGCUAAACCUUUACUUGUAUGUGUAGGAAGUAGCAGAACAACAGAGCUAAUUAUGGAUUGACAAUUAUUGCUGUGUUGACUGAGUAUAAGCAUUUGAUGUCGACUGGUAUAAUUUGGUUUGAUGUAUUUCACAAUAGGUACGUCCUGUUUCAUGACCAAACUCGGAUGCUGUGGAUCUUAAUGUCUUAAAUUAGGAUUCUGUUACAGGGUAUAUAGUUUUACAUUCAUGCUUAACAAUAGAAUCAGUGAAUAGUGGGAGAAGAUUGCUUGACAAUGUGCACAAUUGAGUAAAGUCUAUCAAAGGUUUUUCUCAUACUUUGCAGUUAAAGAGGAUUUAUGUAGAAAAUAUAGGACAAAGAACAGUUUGUGAAAUAUAGUAAUGAUUCUUAACAGGACGGAUGUUUGACUCAGAAUUACCAUUAACAUUGUCAUGAACAGCUGAGAAAGGUUUUGUUUCCUCCUCUCCUGAGAGAAUGUUUCCUCAAGAACAAAAGUCCUUCAGCUUUAUAAACAAAGUAUAAAGGUUACUAUUAACAAUAUAUAAAUGGAAUGUUUUAUUACUUUUUUUUUAUUAAUGUGUCAAUCUUAUAAUGUCAUAUCUUUAAUGUCAUUCUUUUACAUAAUAAACUUGAUUAA